CUCAACUUCAUUCUGAAAUCAAUGCAUUCAUAUCAUCAUGUAUGUCCUAGACGCGUGGUUAGGAUCAUGGCAUACUUGCAUACUGCGACAAGAGGUCAGGCCCAGUGCGCCUCUUUCGCGGGCCCGUCCAAGAACCUGCGGGAUCCAACGGGUUUUCAUCACGAAGGGCUUGUAAAGGAGAUGAGUCAGGCUCCCGAGCAUGGGCAGGUUGGUCCUCAGGGAGAACCAGAGUUCGUGAGCAUGCAUACCGAGGCAUCGAGCUUCACGCCACAACAGGAGGUUCCGGAGCCGCAGGUUCCACAACUGAACGCUCUACCACAGGCGGUUCCUUUUCUGCAGCCGCAGCUGGCGGCCAACAUGCUCCAGUUUCUCCAUCAGAUGGAUGGGGCGUACAUACCACCGCCGCCUCCGGUGGUUGUGGUCACAAUAGAGAAGCUGAAGAAGAACGAAGCCGAGGAGUUCCGUGGUGACCAGAUCGCUGAACCCAUGGUUGCGAAGCGCUGGCUCGAGCACGAUGUUGCCUACGACUGGUGGAAGCGCGCGAGAGCGAACGUCCCGGAGCCGGUGCCGUGGGCAAUCUUCGACGAGCUCUUUCGUGAGGAGUACGUGCCCGAGCACUUCAUGGAGAAGAAGCACGAUGAGUUCAUGAAGUUCACCCAGGGUGAACUUACGCUACCAGAGUACCGGCAGAAGUUUGAUGAGCUACCCGAGUUUGGCCGGGAUUUGGUGCCGACGAUGGAGAAGCGGUGCAAGCGUUUCAGGGAGGGGUUACGCCCUGAUUUGUCCUCUGGUCUGGUUUCGGCGUCUAAGAACGACAUCAACGACCUGUACAAGCAAGCGUUGGAGCUACAGACGGCCUUACUCAGGAAGGCCGAGUAUGAGCAGGCCCAGACGACGCAUCUUCGUCCGCCACCGCCACCCAGAUCCAACUCGAGCAAGCCUCCUCCUGUACCCAACCCUGGGUCACGAGCAAGAAGAUCUGUGGUUUCUGUGACCAGUCCAUCCCGCUUCAAGAUGCAAGGAGGAUCAACAGGCGUCGGCUAUGGCCUCAAGUAUCAGGCUAGAUGCAUCGCCGACGUGAAAGCGGACACAGAUCACACCAGUUUCCUCGCCGGAACUCUUAGCCUGAAAGAAGAAAACGAGGUGCAUCUGAUUCGGCUGUCUGCAGGCGGCACAGAGUUGAUCUGCGAGGGCCUGUUUUCUCAUCCCAAUGAGAUCUGGGAUCUUGCUUCUUGCCCCUUCGAUCAACGCAUCUUCUCCACUGUUUUCUCAUCAGGAGAAACUUAUGGAGCAGCUAUAUGGCAGGUGCCUGAGCUAUACGGGCAACUAAAUUCCCCACAACUGGAAUGCAUGGCUUCUCUUGAUGCACACAAUUCAAAGAUUAGAUGCACACUUUGGUGGUCUACUGGAAGGCAUGACAAGUUGGUUACCAUUGAUGAACAAAAUGUUUUUCUGUGGAGCUUUGAUGCAUCAAAAAAGACUGCCCAAGUGCAAGCACAAGAAUCAGCUGGCUUGCUUCACUCUUUAUCUGGGGGAGCUUGGGAUCCACAUGAUUAUAAUGCGCUUGCUUUAACAUGUGAUGCAUCAGUUCAAUUUUGGGAUCUGCGUGCGAUGAAGAAAACAAAUUCAAUUGAGCGUGCUCAUGUCCAAAAUGUAGACUAUGAUGCUAAAAAGAAGUAUAUGCUAGUAACAGCUGAAGCUGAAUCUGGGAUACACAUAUGGGACCUUAGAAUGACAAAGUUUCCGGUCUUAGAGCUCCCUGGGCAUGCUCACUGGACGUGGAACGUGAAAUGCAACCCUGAUUAUGAAGGCUUAAUUCUGAGUUCUGGAACUGACUCUGCUGUCAAUUUGUGGCUGACAUCUGCUAGUGGUGCGGACUUAACUUCUGAGAGCCUGGAGUCCUCUACUAGUCAGGUGGAUCCAUUACUAAAUUCAUUCAGUGACUAUGAAGAUAGUGUCUAUGGUCUUGCUUGGAGUUAUCGAGAACCCUGGAUGUUUGCCUCUUUGUCUUAUGAUGGGAGGGUCGUCGUGGAAUCCAUAAAGCCUCAUCUUCCAAGAAGAUGAAGGGCGAGCAAGCGCAACAUGCACUGGUUCUCAACGUGUCCUUAAUUUUUUGUGUUCCAAGCUCCGGCUCAUACUCAUUGUUUAACCAUUUCCUGAAUUUUACCAAAUGAGUUCGAGAAUAGCAUUCACACUGGAAUCAUUGUGUUGCAGUGACCCCAUCUGGUGAGGAUGAGGUUACAUCUGCUGUCAUAUCUUUUCUUCUGUUAGGGUGUUUUUUGUUGUUGUUAAUCUUGAAAACCAUUCCAUGAAUGUUGUGGCUUUAUAUGCGGAGUACAGUAUUACAUGAUGCAACCGCUGUAUCUUUGUGUCAGUGUGGUGACAUUAAUGAGGAAAAAAGAAUUAGUACCCUG